AUGAGUUCCAAAGAGCAGGGUCAGGGUGAAGCGGAGAAGAACAUUGAGAUCUGGAAGGUCAAGAAGCUGAUCAAGCGCCUGGAAUCCGCUCGCGGAAAUGGUACCUCCAUGAUUUCGCUCAUCAUCCCUCCCAAGGAUCAGAUCUCUCGCGCCGCGAAGAUGUUGGCUGAAGAAUACGGCACUGCCUCCAACAUCAAGUCCCGUGUGAACCGAUUGUCUGUGUUGUCGGCCAUCACUUCUACCCAGCAGCGUCUCAAGCUGUACAACAAGGUUCCUCCCAAUGGCUUGGUCGUCUACUGUGGUGAAAUCAUCACCCAAGAAGGCAAGGAGCGCAAGAUUAACAUUGAUUUCGAGCCCUUCAAGCCGAUCAACACUUCGCUCUAUCUUUGUGACAACAAGUUCCACACAGAAGCGCUGAGCGAGCUGCUCGAAUCGGACCAGAAGUUCGGUUUCAUUAUCAUGGACGGUAACGGUGCGCUCUUCGGUACUCUGAGUGGUAACACUCGUGAGAUUCUGCAGCGCUUGUCUGUCGAUCUCCCCAAGAAGCACGGUCGUGGUGGUCAGUCCGCUCUGCGUUUCGCGCGUCUGCGUGAGGAAAAGCGUCACAACUACGUGCGCAAGAUCGCCGAACUGGCGGUUCAAAACUACAUCACCAACGACAAGGUCAACGUUGCCGGUCUCGUCCUGGCUGGUUCCGCCGACUUCAAGAACGACCUCAACCAGUCCGACAUGUUCGACCAGCGUCUGCAGGCAAAGGUCAUCAAGGUGGUUGACGUGUCCUACGGUGGAGAGAACGGUUUCAACCAGGCCAUCGAAUUGGCCGCCGAGACUUUGAGCAGUGUCAAGUUCAUCCAAGAAAAGAAGUUGAUUGGCAAGUACUUUGAGGAGAUUUCUCAAGACACCGGCAAGAUCUGUUACGGUGUUGAGGAUACUCUGAAGGCUCUUGAACUUGGUGCUGCCGAGACCUUGAUUGUGUUCGAGAACCUCGACGUCACCCGCUGGGUCUUGAAGGAUUCCAAUGGCUCCGAGAUCAUUGUGCACACUACUAAGGCGCAGGAGAGCAACCGUGAGCUCUUCCAGGAUAAGGAGACCGGCGCCGAGAUGGAAGUCGUUGACUCGGGCUCCUUCUUGGAGUGGCUGGCUGAAGCCUACAAGGACUUUGGUGCUGAGCUGGAGUUUGUGUCUGACCGGUCCAGUGAGGGUAACCAGUUCGUGAAGGGCUUUGGUGGUAUCGGUGCCAUUCUUCGCUACAAGGUCAACUUUGAGCAGCUUGCCGACUACAGCGACGAUGAUGAGUUCUACGAUGAUUGA